CUAUUCUGAUAUGGAGCUACAAGGGGCCCAAGAGGACCUGGGCAUUUCCCUCUCUAGUCCCCGGAGGAACCAUGAAACCAGGCCAGGAAGCAAGGCUAAGGGCAGGAGCAGCAUCUGUCUCCAGGCAUCUGUUUGGAUGGCUGGAGGAAAGCUGAGGCUCAGAGCGAGUGAACAUCUAACCCAGGGCCACCAACAAGAGCUCAGGGAUUGGAACCUAGGAGAAUAUGCUUCCCUUCUCUUCUCCAAGAGUCCUUUUGGGGCUGGCAAGUUGAUACAAGCUCCAGAUCAUGUCUUCAGACAAUGCUGGGUCCAAGGAAAUGCAUGGAUCUCCUGCAUUACAAAGUUUGACUCCAAGAGAGGCCCAGAAGUGGCUUCCAGCCCCUCCUACCUAACUGUGUCCCGCCGUUCACCCCUUCCUGUCUUCCUGCGAUCCAGUGACAGAUGUGUCUGUGGGGGCUGCUACUUGGGAAAGUCCACCAGGAGGAGAGCAUGCCAAUCUCUCCUCUCAGAUCCUCUGAGGGUUACUUUCCCCACCCAAACUAGGCCUUGAUGUCAAGGCCUAGUUACAGGGACGUCAAACUAGGAGGUUGAUGUCAGUGUGGUGUGGAAGAUGUUGGGGAGAAGCUGCAGGUGCCUUCUUACUAGCUCUUCCUGAAAACUUGUCUCUGCCUCUCCUUGUUAGUCUGUUUUAUAACUCACACUCCAGCCGGGGGGAAGUAAAGGAGCUCAUCCCAUUCACAGAUCCUGUAACCCGUGGUGGUUAUUACCUCAUAGCUGGUGCAGUGUUCUUUGAGCCUAGCAGUUUGGUUUAGACUCAAAUGUCUAUUCUUUGCAGUCUUUCUGGGGUUGGUAGCGGAGAAAGAGAAGAGAACAGGUAAUUCGAUCACUCAGGUUAUUCGUGUGUAAAAAUUGAAGCCCUACCACAAACGUAUGAGUGGAUGUUAUAGUGUAAUAACCUGGACAUUGCCAAGACAGCUUCCUCAGGGCUUUUGUCUCCUCAAGCCUACCUGAAGGCUCUCUUCUCAGUCACGGGGGAUGGAAUUGUUUCAUCCCUGGCUUGCUCUGGGCCUCAGUUUCCCUAUUCCAGGAUAGUUUCCCUAUUCCCUAUUCUGCAUCAUAAAAAAAAAAAAAUACACUCCUGAUAAAAGUCGGUUGAUGCUUUUGGCCUGCAGCCUCCUUAAGGUUAAUAGUCCACAUAAUUUCCUCAGGGGCCCUGGCUGGCCUGUUGUGGGUGGACCCAUGAAGUAUCUUGAUUUGCUGUGAUAGGAGCCACCUUGGCUUUCUGUGGAGAUAAGCCCUGCCCCUCGUUCCCACUUUAAGCUUGAAAAGUCCCUUAUCCAACUUUGGAAUGGGAACUAGAAAGACUAAGCAGGGUCUCUCAGGGGUUCCUUCUGGGGUCACUCAGAAGAGGAGAACCAAGCAGUCUUGGCGGAGAGACACCUGAGGUUGGUCACUCGGCACAUUACCGGGGGCUCAGCAAUGACCAGCCUACAACCAUCCUGCCUUUCCCCAGGGGUCUGGGCUCCAGCCAUGGAGGGUGGACUGGAGACUCCUUUGCCUUUCAACACUGUCUGGCCUGUCUCGGGUCAGGCACGUCUUUUCUCUACUGAUUUUGUGGCUGUGGUUAACUUAGCUAACCUUUCAGUGAAAUAAUGUCUAGUGGCAUUCCUUUACAUUUUCCAUGUGCUGUUUUUUCCAUAACUCCAUUUUCUUCAGGGCUGAGUUUGGGUCUUCAUUUUUCCACCCACAGGCCUAGUUAAGCUUUCGUCUUGUGCUCCAACUUAUCUGCCCCAGACUUCUUGGAUGGACAUUGUCAAUCUGGUCAUAUUGAGAGUGAAACUGCCACCUAGUGGUCACUGGAGGUGUGCCUGCCUUUUCAUGAGCUCUCUUGCUGCUGGUUACCGGAAACAUCAGUUGAUGGUUUUCUUCUAAGCUAACUCAGAAGCUGUGAUGUGAAUCAGACCAAACAAUUUAUCUGCUUCAAAUCCAUAUUGUAAAGAGGUUUAAUAUAAAGACAUAUUUUCAAAUCAAAAUAAAUAAUGAAGC